UUGUGUUCUUUGCCGCGCCCCCUGCCUUUGCCCUGCUUGUCAGUGUGCAGAGUGAGCGGAGUAGUAAUGUGUAGCAGUAGGUUUCUUGGUCUUGUGUCGUUCCUGUUGGGGCUGGAUUGGCUUCUCAUAACAGAAUGCAAAGUAAUCGGCUUACCAGUGACAUGCCUCCCAAACCAGUUCCAGUGUAUGGAUGGAGUCUGUAUCCCAGCUCUGUGGCGAUGUGAUGGAGACAAAGAUUGUCCAAAUGGAGAGGACGAAGUGUCCUGUUCAGAGAAAGUGGCUUGUAAUGGCUUCCAGUGCAAAAACGGACACUGUGUUGAUUUGGCAUGGAAAUGUGAUGGGCAUUCUGAUUGUGCCGAUGGCUCGGAUGAAGAUCAGUUAAUAUGUGAAAACACCACUUGCCCCUCUUUCAAAUUUCAUUGCAGAAACAGGCAAUGCAUAGCUGCAGUGCUGGUAUGCAAUGGACAAAAUGAUUGCACUGAUGGUAGCGAUGAGCUGGGGUGUCCACCACAACAGUGUUCUUCUGAAGAGUUCCGCUGUGGGUCUCUUUGUUUGUCCAAGAGUCUCCUUUGCGAUGGUAAGAUAGACUGUGCCGGGGGUCUAGAUGAACUGAAGGAGAGAUGUAAGGGGCAAUCCAGGUUACGUUGUCCUACGGAUGAAUUUGACUGUGAUGGCCACUGUGUACCUAAAGCUUGGAGGUGUGAUGGGCAUCCUGACUGUGAGGACCAAAGUGAUGAAAAGAAUUGUGAAGUUCCUACAAUAGAGUUAGAGCCUUUCCUGCUCAUGUUUAACACCAGUGAGAUUAUCAAGGGGGACCUAACUGGUGAGAGGCAAGAGAACAUCCUUAUUGAAAUGGAAAAUAUUACUUCUCUUACGGGAGAUAUGUGGUCCUCUGAGAUCUUCUGGAUCAAUGGAGAAGAUAAGACUAUAUAUGGGCAAUCUCUUCUUAAAGAAAGAAGAGAGAACCUUAAACAGUUAGGCAAAGCCUCAGUUCUUUCUGUUGACUGGAUUUAUAAACUUAUCUUCUGGAUUGAUUCUGAAUCUCAAACAAUAUCCGUGGCCUCUCUUGAUGGAUCAAAACAAAGAGUAAUCUUUAGAGAAAACAUUUCAUUACCAACCUCAAUGGCAUUGAAUCCGCUUACUGGUUUUAUUAUCUGGUGUGAUGCUGGCGAGUCGCCUAAGAUUGAGAAAGCUGCUAUGGAUGGAAGUCUCAGAAAGCCGCUAGUUUCAGAAGAUAUUUUCAGACCCCUGGCUCUGACUUUAGACUGUAAACACAGUUAUGUGUAUUGGAUAGAUUCUGAACUCAGUACAAUAUCUAGUAUUUCACUGGAUGGUCAACACAGGAAGGUAGUCUUCCAUUCAAAAGAGCUGCUGGCUAAGCCAUCAGGAAUUGCUGUUUAUGAGGAGAGGAUCUUUUGGUCUGAUUUAGAAAAUCAAGCUAUUUACAGUAAGCAAAGACGGAUACGUGCUAAUAUUACCACAGUGGCAUCCAUAAGGAAUCCUGCUGGGCUUAUUAUACUGGCCAGAGAAGUGCAACCUAAUAGUUUAAAUCUGUGCUUGGAGCUGAGAGCAGACUGCCCUUUCCUUUGUGUUCCAUCCGCCCAAGAUUCCGAGCACUCCACACGAUUCUCCUGCCUAAAUUCGGAUAGUUUAGAGCUAGACCAUGAUGAAGUGGUGCCACAAACCGAUGGUCCAUCCUUGGACAACACAAAAGUGAUUGCUCAGUCUCCAGAUAAGAUAAACAACAUCAGUAGAACAGAUGGUCCAUCCUUGGACAACACAAAAGUGAUUGCUCAGUCUCCAGAUAAGAUAAACCACAUCAGUAGAACAGUGAAUUCGACAGUGACCAUUAAGCAGCAUGUGCCUUAUAGUGUUAAGUGGUUGAUCCCUGUUGCAGUGUUUUUCAGUUUUACUCUGAUUUCCUGCAUGAUUAUCAGUUGUCGCAGGAAGACAAGCUGCAGGUUAAUACACACACAGAUCUGUGAGAAAUCUAAGAAAUAUUUGAAGCCAGAACUUGGUCGAACAGUCUCAGCUACUUAUAUGCUGACUGAUAUGAAAAGUGAAGAUGAAGAUGAAGAUGAGGAUAAGUAAUGGCAUCUGGAGGUCACUACACUAUGGAGUUAGUGUAGCUACACACUGUGAUAAUAUCUUACAUUGGUUGCAAUAUGGCGUUUUCGGGUGACUUUUGUCAUAUCAUAUUUCUCUUAUGUGCUAAGUCUGGAUUAACGGGUCAGAUGAGAACAGGUUUAGUCAGUGGGGAGCGAAUGUGCAAGGAUUGGUGGAAUGUUCACUAAUGCCCUGUCGCUACUGUAAUAACAGAAUUUCCUGUUUAGGCAUUGGGCUCCACAUAUUUUACCUUAUGCUCAACAAAUAAAUUACAGGAUGCAAAAAGCACUCCGUCAUCAACCUCUGUAUUUUGGCAAAAAAGUACUAAGCAAACUUUCUUUACCAAUUUCUUUACCAAUUUCUUUUAUUUUACACUUGUGACUGAAUUUAUUCUGAUCUGACAAUUGAAAGUCUCCUUUAUGUUCAGUCAGAUUCUGGGAUCUUGCACAAACAGACCUCAAAUGAGACCAGUCAAGAUAUGAAAUUAAUGCACUAUAAGAUGCAAUAGGUACUUGUCUUGUGUGUCUUGUGCCCUAAGCAUGAUACAUGGAUUUAUAUAAAAAGAAACAAAGGCAUAAACUAACUCUUCAUAUAUUGCUGAUUAUUAAAGGCAUUUGCUUCACUACUCAGAAACACAUGCAAGGUAUCAAAACAUCAAUAAGACUCUUUGGGACUCAUUUAUAAACACUGGGCAAAUUUGCACCUGGGCAGUAACACAUAGCAACCAAUCAGAUGUUUACUUUCAGUGUUCAACCUGCAGCUAGCUGAAAAAAGCUAAUCAUUGAUUGGUUGCCAUGGGUUACUGGCCAGGUGCAAUUCUCCCAGUGUUCAUAAAUGAGCCUUACUGUCUUUUACAGGAAAGAAACUGACAUGUAGUUUCACUGUUUUAGACCCUUAUACCUUCAGUAUAUCUUGGAUAAAGAAGGAUGUAUGCCAAUCUCCUUCACAUUCAGUGUUACCCAGAGUUUUUUCAAGGAUUUAUGUAACUCAUCCUUAAUCUUUGCCUCCCUCAGCCACAUUAAAGGAACAGUAACAUCAAAAAAUGAAAUUGUUUUAAAGUAAUACAAAUAUAAUUUAGAAACACUACUAUUGUUUUUUAUAAACA